AUGGAGUUCUUCUUGGGAUUCUUGAUUUUUUGUGCCGCUACUACAUCUGCUUUGCCCGCUCUAGGGUCUGGAAACCUUUCAAAGCCGUUUAUGAACACCGGCCAUACACCUUGGAAUGCAGGCGGAGUGACACAGUUCCCUAUCCACUCUAGUUGUAAUGCAACGCAGCGUCGUCAAAUUGAGUUAGGGCUUGCCGAAGCUGUCGACCUUGCAGCUCAUGCCAGAGACCACAUCUUGCGCUGGAGAAAUGAAAGCGAGAUUUACCGGAAGUACUUUGGCAAUGGUCCUUCGAUGGAAGCUAUUGGGGCCUUUGAAGUGGUUGUCAAUGGUGACAAAAAUGAUGUUCUAUUUCGCUGUGAUAACCCAGAUGGGAACUGUGAUCUCGAAGGUUACGCUGGACAUUGGCGAGGCGAAAAUGGUACCAAAGAAACAGUUAUUUGCGAUCUGAGCUACGAGACUCGUCGUUCUCUCUCAACAAUGUGCGGAAUGGGCUACACAAUUUCUGGAUCGGAGACCAAUACCUUUUGGGCCUCUGAUCUGCUGCACCGAUUGUACCAUCUCCCCGCUAUCGGGCAGAAUUGGGUCGACCAUUACGCAGACGGAUACCAUGAGGUUAUCGAACUCGCUACUGAGAAUGUCACUUUAUCGACACAUGACUCCGAGACACUUCAAUACUUCGCGCUGGAAGUGUAUGCCCAUGAUAUUUCAAUUCCAGGUAUUGGCUGCCCCGGAGAACAACAUGGGGACAAACACGAAGAUGAGACGGGUGACGCAAAUUUUGGUGAGAGCCAGCCGUCUGCUACAACAGCGACUAGCAAAGCCUCAUCUACUACAGUCGAUGUGCCUGCUAACUGUCAUACCCAUGAAGGAGGCGAGUUACACUGUACCUGA